AUGAUGAAUGAUCCAAGAUCCCCACCAGCUUUAUUAAAAAGGCUGUGCGUUAGGGUGACAGGCCUUGGAGAUGAUACUGUGCAGCCAUUGUUCCAGCAAGCUCUCAGGACACUGGCCAGUGAUUUGUCAGUCCAGGCUGAGGCAGACGAGUUCCAGAUGGCAGAAAAAAUAAAAAGGAAAUUGGCAAGGCAGGGCAGGGAGAAAGACGCUGCUGUUAUCUCUGAGCUGCACAGAAAGCUGCAGUCACAGGGUGUUCUAAAGAAUAGAUGGUCCUGCCUCAGUCUGCUGCUUUGCCUGAGUGAUAACACCUCAAAACACAGGCCCCUACCAGGGAGUCAUAUUUUUGCAUCCAGCCGGGGUCAGUAUGCCACCUCUACCCCUAUGACUCACAGAGCAGGCCCCCAGCAGACUCCAGCUGUAGGGGGCAGCACAAUACAGAGUGGUAUGUCAACAGGCAGCAGUGGGAUUAGCAGUAUCCACUCUGGGAGAAGUGGGGACCCCACACCAGUGCCACAGUCUUUUGCUCCUAGUCAUCUAUCAGGUACUGCCCUGGGUCAGACCCCAUACACUGCAGGUAGACCCACCCUGGGGCAACGUCUGGCCUUGUCUCUGAACAGAGGAGGUCAGCAGUCCAGUACAUCAGUGGUGCCCAGGGGCAGUAAGAGUGUCACAAUAGCCAGCACACACAGAGAUGGGGAAGACAAUGUGUCUUAUGAGAUCCCAGAGGCUGUGCUGCUGAGAGAGAUGGUCUAUGUGCUGCAGGGGAUAGACGGGCAGUUGAUUAAAUGGGACAUUAACAAUGCGGGGUACAGGAUAGAUGACAAGGCUGGUAUAGCCAGGGCAGUGAGACAAAAGGUGACCAAGCUGGCGGAGUGUGGGUGGCUGUACACCAAGAUCAGGAAGUACGCAGAUGCCAGGAGUUCAGAUAAAGCAUUUGGACUCGUUGGACAGAGUUUCUGUGCUGCACUUCAUCAAGAACUGACAGAAUACUAUAGACUGAUAGCAGUGUUGGAGGCACAGCUCCAGCAGGAACAUGACCAGGGAGUGGGGAUGGGUCCAGGAGGACUGACCCUCAGACAGCUGUCAGUGUGGACAUUUGACCCCUUGUCCAGGCUCAAGGCACUGGCCGCACUGGUGGAUGUAUGCAAAGGCAAGAAGGGAGGUGCCUUGGCCACAGUGAUACAUUCGUACCUACAGCAUGGAGAUCCUUUCAUGAGAGCUCUGGUGAAACAUACACUAACUCUGGUGGCCCAGCCCAUAUUUGGUAUAGUUCUCCGCUGGCUACAUGAUGGAGAGCUGGAGGACACAUACCACGAGUUCUUUGUUGCAUCAGACCCCACAGUAAAGGAUGAGAGGCUGUGGCAUGACAAGUACAGUCUGAGGAAGAGCAUGAUCCCCUCUUUCCUUAACAUGGACCAGGCCAGGAAGAUUCUCCUGACUGGCAAGUCUAUUAACUUCCUGAGACAGCUGUGUCAGGACAGGACUCAGAUAAAGAGGAGAGAUGUGGUCAGAGCAGCUGAGACAACAGAAGCUGCCAGUAUGUUCACCCAGGAUCUGGAUGGUAAAUUUCAGGCCAUGAUUGACACAGUGUAUGAGGAGACCAGUCGCCAUCUAUUGGAGAUUUUGCACACUAAAUAUAAACUGAUGGACCACCUUAAGGCCUUGAGAAGAUACCUGCUCUUGGGCCAGGGGGAUUUCAUCAGGCAUCUGAUGGAUUUACUGGAAGAAGACCUGGCCAAGCCAGCAGGUACCCUGUAUCUCCACAACCUGACUGGUGUACUGGAGACGGCUGUGAGGGCCACCAAUGCCCAGUAUGAUGACGCUGACAUAUUGAAAAGACUGGAUGUCAGACUGCUGGAGGUGUCACCAGGAGACACAGGCUGGGAUGUCUUCAGUUUGGACUAUCAUGUGGAUGGGCCAAUAAGAACAGUGUUUACUCCAGAAUGCAUGAUAAUGUACCUGAGGGUGUUUAACUUCCUGUGGCGUGCCAAGCGUAUGGAGUAUAUCCUGGCUGGGGUGUGGAAGGGCCAGAUGUCCAACGCAAGGAUGUUCAGAUCUCUGCCUGAAUUAGCACCAUUGUUACAUCAGUGCCAGGUGAUCUGCAGUGAGAUGGUCCACUUUGUCCAGCAAGUCCAGUAUUAUAUCAACUUUGAGGUUUUGGAGUGUUCCUGGGAUGAGCUAUUACAGAAAGUAAAGGAAGCCAAAGAUCUAGAUCAUAUCAUAGCAGCUCACCAAGUCUUCCUUGACAACAUCAUAACUAGAUGUCUGCUGGAUGAGCAGUCAAGGGCCAUCCUGACUCAACUGCGGACUAUCUUCGACUUGAUCAUCCAGUUUCAAGAAAUUCAGGACAGACUUUACCAGGCAGCUGAUGAUGAGCUAACAGCUAGACACAGGGCAGAGGAGAGAGCUCAUGCCAGAUCAGAGAAGGGAGAGUGGGGAUUGACAGACAGCGAUGAACAGACAGAAGAAAGGAGAAAAGCAGAGUUUCUGAGAAAUAUCCCCAGUAUGAGAGCCCAGGUCAGGGUGCUGGCACAGUCCUACCAGGACAUGGUUCAGAAGUUCCUGCUAAUGCUUGCUGGUCAUGCAGAUGUUAGUCUUCGCUUCCUGAGCUUCCGCUUAGACUUCAAUGAGUACUACAAAGCAAAAGAGCCCAAACUGCGGAGUCCCUUAACCUACCAAAGGAGCAAAAGACGAACAUGAUUUUGUUUUGCUUGAUCAUAACUAUUCACAUUUUGAAGUUCUGCACAUGGAGUCAAUGAGAAAUAAUGGAGAUUCCUGUUCAGUGUGAAAAGAGCAAGAGGAAAGCAUGAUGUAUUAUGAGCUGUCCCUUGAAUACUUUUAAAAAUGUAAACAAAAGCAGCACAAUAUGCCCGUUUGAUUAAUCGCCAGAUCUGAUUGGAGGAAACGGGGGACACGUUUUCAGUCCCAAUUUUCAGAACCAGUAACUUUUACUGAACAGGUGGCGUUGAAACACAAUAACAUAGACUUAUGUUUUCAGUUAAUUUAUAAAUUUGUUAUAGGUUUGCAUGCAAUUUUUGUCAUAAUGUCAUAUUUUAGCGGAUGAUUCUUAAUGUAUGAGCUGAGGCCUUGAAUCAGAAGUUAUUUGCAUUAAUAUUCACUUUGCCAAACAAUAAACAAAUUCAGACUAAUAAUGUUUACAUUUUCUGAAGCCCCAUAUAUUCAAAAGGGGCCCUCAAAUGUGUUAUCCGGGGUGGCAUGGGUUCAUGGUAUUGACGGUUUUCUUCAAGUAUCAGCAAUUUAUAGUCUAUUACGGUGUAGGUUCCAUUAGUUGAAAUGGGGAGUCGGUCUUCCGGUGUAACAGUAAUGGUAGUCCGCUAGGGACAGAAGUCCGUUCCCCAUUACUUUGUACAGGUGACAUUUGUCCCAUAUACUA